ACUGGAUGUAAUGAAAAUAAUGAGAUCAAUUCGUGGUCAAACAAAAUCUUCUUUCUUAAACUUACUGCAAGGACAAAACAAAGUGUUAUUGUUUGCUUAAACAUGAGGUUAUAUAACGCGAUUCCAUAAAUAGAUUGAUUUUCAUUAAAAAUGGACAAUUUCAUUGUCAAUGUUCUAUUUUUGACGGUUUCAGUGUGCCAUUUGGACAUUUUAGUAAUUUGUGCUGCAAGUAAAGAAAAUUUUCAAAUUAAGAAGACACACUUAAACAAACGUCUGAUACCCUAUACAUUUCUUGAGGUAACUGUUCCCAGUCACCACGACUGCGCACGUGAAUGUUUUCUUUUUGGGGGAGAAUGUAAGGCAGUUAACUUCAACAGGAAACGCAAAACUUGUGAAUUGAAAUAUAAAGGAAGCAAUGCGGUAGAUGUUUCAGAGUUCGACCAGGAUGGAGAGUACAUUUUCACUGAUAUUACAGAAUGGCCAAAGUCAAUGCUGGGUGGUUGCGCAGCUCACAAUUGCCAGAACCAUCAACUUUGCCUGUCACUAGGACACAGUGACUUUCAAUGCGUGGACAAGGAAAAUUGUGGACCAGCGCCGACUAUUGACCAUGGAACCGUGUCAGCACCAAUAACUACAGAUGGAGCAGCAGCAACGUACUCAUGUAACUUUGGCUACGAAAUUGUUGAUGACGUCACAACAAGAAGAUGUAAAGCAGGAACGUGGACUGCGGAAACAAUAGUGUGUGCUUUGAAAGACUGUGGACCUCUGGCCGAUGUAACAUAUGGAACAGUUUCAGCCCCAGUUACAACACAUGGAGCCUCGGCGACGUAUUCAUGUCAAUACGGAUAUAGUGUUACGUCAGAAGAUACUACAAGAACCUGUGUAGAUGGUAUAUGGAGUGGUGUACAGCCAACUUGUACUAUCAAAGAUUGUGGUCCUCUGGCCGAUGUAACAUAUGGAACAGUUUCAGCACCAGUUACAACACAUGAAGCCACGGCGACGUAUUCGUGUCAAUAUGGUUACAGUGUUACAUCAGGAGAUACUACAAGAACCUGUGCGGAUGGUAUAUGGAGUGGUGUACAGCCAACUUGUACUCUCAAAGACUGUGGACCUCUGGCAGAAGUAACAUAUGGAACAGUUUCAGCGCCUGUUACAACACAUGAAGCUUCGGCGACGUAUUCAUGUCAAUAUGGAUAUAGUGUUUCAUCAGGAGAUACUACAAGAACAUGUGUGGAUGGUGUAUGGAGUGGUGUACAGCCAACCUGUACUAUCAAAGAUUGUGGUUACCUACCAGGUAUCACAGAUGGCUCAGUACAUACACCAGUAACAACACAUGGAGCUGAGGCAGUAUAUGAUUGUGAUUUUGGAUAUCAAAUCACUUCUGGAAAGUCUACAAGAACAUGUGAUGAUGGGACAUGGAGCGGAGCCGAGGCUGUUUGUACACCGAUACGUAAUGUUAAUGUUUUUUCCAUUUAAUACAUUGCUUUGUCAAUCAAGACAAACUUGAGGGUGAGGUCGGCCUGACACAUUUUGUUUGAACUACCAGUUUUCUUCUUAAAAGCACUAACAUCCAGAUUAAAUGAACAGUUUCUUAAUUUGUUUGUAACUUAAUAUAUUAGCAUUAUGGAGCUUAAAAUGUCACUAAAAUAUAUAGAAAAUUGAUUUUGAUAAAUGAGCAAAAUUGAUUCAUUCAUAAAAAAUAAAAAUGACACCGAUGUUCUAAAAUUCUUUUUCAUUAUACGACAUUUUUGUGUAUUUGCCUUUUUAAAUGAAAAAGUCAGAUUUUGGUCAAGCAAUCAAUUUAUUAUAAGCCUGUCUUGACGUUUAUAUCAUAUUUCAAAAACUUUUAAAAAUGGCUAUGAGUGCAUUGUUUUAA